CCACUGAAGGAAGGGCAAGGGUCAACUCAAUUGAGGAAAAAGUAAUGACCAAAGUGCCGACGUCACAAGUAGAUGUGAAUGGAAAUACUGAGUCAGCAGAAUGUGUGAUUUGCCAAGACACCGAAGAUGGUAACUCGGUGGUUUUGAAUUGCAACCAUAAGUUCCAUGAAGCUUGCAUUAAUAGAGCGUUGGCUGUUAAACCUGUGUGCCCAUGUUGUAACACAUGUGUGGGGAAGCCACAAGGAGUUGUAUUGGAAGGGGCUACUAUGAUGCAUAUGAUAGAAAAGACAUCGUUGCCGGGGUACGAGGGUUGCAACACCAUCUGUAUCGUAUACAACAUUCCUGAUGGUACACAAGGAGCACAACAUCCACACCCAGGGAAGACAUACCACGGCACAAACAGGGUGGCGUAUCUCCCCGAUAACGAGGACGGUCGCCAUGUGUUGGGGUUAUUGAGCCAAGCAUUUGUUGCCGGGUUGGUGUUCGUUGUUGGUCGUUCGUUGACUACAGGGCUCGAUGACUCCAUCGUGUGGAAUGAUAUCCAUCAUAAAACUCACCACACGGGGGCGCAUGGCUACCCUGACGCUGGGUAUCUACAGAGGGUGAAGGAAGACUUACGCGCCAAAGGGAUUGAAUGAUGAUGUGUGUUGAUUAUCGAUACAACUUGUAUUAUUUAUAUAUAUGUUGUUCUUAGUCUGGUUAUCGUGUUAAAUUGGGCAAUGUUUCCAUUGGAAUGCUUCUGCGACACCUGCAUCAUUGGUGCUUGUAUAUAAUCACCUGGUCAAACCAAUCUUCAAUUAUUUAUUCAAACUAACCAUGUGUACUAAGUGUUCAGUGUUUUUAUCAAAUUUUGUAACUUAUUUUAUUUCUUUUCUAUUUUAAAUCCAAAGUUCCUGUGUUUAAAACACAAUGUUUGUGAUUGGUAAAUUGUUAAUUUCAAUUUUUAAUAAAACAUCUUUGAAAAUAUUUUCUUUGAUAAGAGGAAUACCCAUCAGUUAGUGAUGACUCAUCAAUUCGGGGAUUUGCGUAUUCCCCAAUAAUGUGCAAUACUGCUAACGUUACUUGGCAUAAGUGACGCAU